GCCGCCUUGGAGGUCACAAGUUGAUGGCAGGCUUUCAACCUGCUGCCGCCUACUCAUCAGUUCGCGACCAGACUGCGCCCGCGAUGAGCGUGCAGCCGCCGCCAGCGGCGACACAGUCAUGGGCGUCGUCGCAGACACCACCAACCGCCGGCACUUCCGCCUCGACCAGCCAACAGCCCGGCGUCGUUUAUUCACCAGUCCAUCCGCAAGGCGAACAUUUCGAUUACGCCGCCGCAACAUCGGCCGACUACGCUUCGCGAUAUCAACCGCAAUCGUCGAACGCGUUGCCACCGCACGCUGUGGACCUGAGCAUGCCGCAGGUCGAGAGCAGCAUCGGGCCCAGUCGAGUGCUUACGCGUAGAGCCGCAAAAAUGGCGCAGCAAAACAAGGCUGCUCCGAACACGUCUAGUACUUCCUCAUUCUACGUUAACGCCCCCUCGUCGCGCGCGGACUCGCCUAAUACUUAUAUUAAUAAUAACAAUCCAUAUCCCUCCACGAACGCGGGCUCGAUGGCGGCACCGCAUUCGCCGUACAUCUCGACCUCAUCCUCGUCGUCCUCUUCUUACUCUCAUUAUGGUUUCUUUCCUUCUCACGCGCGUUCCGCCUCUGGAUCUACCUCCAAUGCACGUUCUGCCUCUCCUGCGCUCAGCAUCGCGUCUGCCGUCACGUCGAUGUCUUCCGCAUCGGUUCAUAGCUCCUGGCAAAGCAUCGCUUCCCUUGCGACUACCGACGCCGUGUCCACCAACUCUCGCGAGAAACACAAGAAGAAUCGCCUUUACAACGUCGAUCGCAGGUCGAUCUGUCAGUUCCACAAGGAUAACCCUAGCAUGCGUCAAGAGGACAUUGCCCGCCGGUUUGGCGUCGAGCGCAGCACGAUCAGCAAAAUUCUGAAGAACAAGGCCAAGUGGCUGCACGUCCGGCCCGACGAAGAGAUGAAAAUAGCGAAGCACCGACCCUCCAAGUUCCCGGAGAUCGAGAUGGAGCUCCAGAAAUGGCUCGUCGAGAUGGAUGCCGCCAAGCAAAUCCUUACGGACGCGUCGAUACGCCAGAAGGCGAAGGAGGUAGCUCGCACCAUGGAGAUCCCCGAGGACAAGUUUAAAGCCAGUUCCGGGUGGAUCGAAAACUUCAAGCAUCGCCACGGGAUCCGUCGUGGCGUUUGGCAAGGCGAUGGAAAGAAUACGCGCGCGGCGCGCGCUAUGGGUUGUGGCCAUCCUCCAGAGGAAGAGUCCGACAACGCCGCUGCCAAAAAACCGAAGAGGUACAUCCACGAAAUGACGGAGGAAUACUACGCGUCUAUCGGCGUUGUCCCCACCUAUCCUCAUCCCUCUGUUCUUGGCCCGAACUUCGGCAUCCCGCUUGACGGGGACAUAGAGCAUCUCACUCCGUUCGAGAACGGCGACUGGUUGGCAACUCUAGGUCAGCCUCCGCCUCGCGAAGCGAACGUUCCGGACCCGGCUGCCAAUCAGGCGCAGACUGCGGAUACAUGGACUCAGCCUUCCCAGUCGUCUGAAGCCGUUUCCCCUUCCACCGGCACUCCCCCUGAGGCUCAGUCAUCGUGGCAGCCUGCGACCGAUGCUGAUCAACAACCCUCGGGCUCAGGGCAGGCACAGCGCGCUUCGGGGUUGGAAGCGGCGUGGCCCGCACCGCAGACUUCUGCGUCGCCUCAUGAAGAAUCGGCUCAGCCCAUGCUUGGGGUCACGACCGCUUAUCCUCAAUCGUCCGUGCAAGCUUCAGGCACAUACGAAGGCAUGGCGGAGUGUCAGGCAAGCACCGUAUCGGCGCCCGAGCAGUCACAGGGCCAGUCUACCAUGACUCCUUCCUCCGAUUGGCGCACUACCAUCUAUGCUCCCCUCAAGCCUGCCGUGAAGGCUGCCAUGAAAGUGAGGGCUACGAUCAUCGGGGGGAUGCUCCCUCAGGUUUUCGGGCCUGCGACUCUUGACGAACUCCUUCAGGAUCCCCAUGGCAGGCUCAUCCACGCGGAACAAUGCCUCGACCAGUUCAUUUCCUGGACUGCCACGCAGCCCGGUUUCAUAUCUCCUCACCAGAAGGAGGUGCUGGGCGAAUUGAAGAGUCUCAUGGUCAACACGGAGAUGAUGAUGCGUCAUCGAAGCUAAUUUCUCAUCGCCGGCGACGCCGUGUUGUUCCCUCCGCAGGCGGGUUGCAGUCAAGAGAGUCUUCGUCAAAUCCCACCAACUUUCUUUUCUCUUUUCUUUAUCGCAUAUGCAGUGUCUCGGACCAUCACGAACCCUCAUGUCAAUUGUUAUUCUAGCUCAUCGCAUGCAUUCAAAGCUGUUUCAAUACAAGGACACCAUACCCCAUGCACUCCUUGUUACGACCAUUUCACUCACGACUCUUAUGCCGUACCUCACUUCACGACUCAUUAGCCCGUCGUGUCGCAUGUUC